AUGUAAUAAAGGAACAGAACCGAGAGUUACGAGGUACACAGAGGGCUAUAAUCAGAGAUCGAGCAGCUUUAGAGAAACAAGAAAAACAGCUGGAAUUAGAAAUUAAGAAAAUGGCCAAAAUUGGUAAUAAAGAAGCUUGUAGGGUUCUAGCCAAACAGCUUGUACAUCUUCGGAAACAGAAAACAAGAACUUUUGCAGUAAGUUCAAAAGUGACUUCUAUGUCUACACAAACAAAGGUGAUGAAUUCUCAGAUGAAGAUGGCUGGAGCAAUGUCUACCACAGCAAAGACAAUGCAGGCAGUGAACAAGAAGAUGGACCCACAAAAGACGUUGCAAACAAUGCAGAAUUUCCAGAAAGAAAACAUGAAAAUGGAAAUGACUGAGGAGAUGAUCAAUGACACACUUGAUGACAUUUUUGAUGGCUCUGAUGAUGAAGAAGAAAGCCAAGAUAUUGUAAAUCAAGUUCUUGAUGAAAUUGGAAUUGAAAUCUCUGGAAAGAUGGCCAAAGCUCCGUCAGCUGCCCGAAGCUUACCGUCUGCCUCUGCUUCAAAGGCUUCAAUCUCCGAUGAAGAGAUUGAACGGCAACUCAAAGCCUUAGGAGUAGAUUAGGCAAAAAAGUUGUUUUUGCUUACUUAUAAUUAUGUAGGAUAA